AUGAAACGUCAAUCGUUUGAAGUGCUGGCAGCGGAAACAUCAACAGAAGAGGGCACCACCAAUAUGUAUGGCAAAAUCAUACAAGUGAUAUGUGGAUCGUUGGUUGCGAAGAUGCACAUAGAACUCUUUCUCUGUCCUGGAAUCCACCAGUCGUGCAUUGAAUAUGAAGGAGAAAUGAUAAGUCCAAAAGAGUUCACAGUACGUGCAAACAAAGAUAAACAGAAGGAUUGGAAAGGUAGUAUCCGAAUAGGAAAGUCGAAUCUGAGAUCGCUCAUGGAAAUGCGCUCUUUCGACUUUUACAACCAUAGUCAGUUUUGCUCUGCAAAAUGUCAAAGCAGGAACUACAUCACCCACAAGGAAAAGGAAGGCGAUAAGGACAGGAGGAACAAUAUUCAAGCGGAGAAAGCAACUGCUCAAAUUUCACAGUUAUGCAACUCUCGUAUUCUAAACAGUUACAAUCUCGAUGCAGCUUCGAUUUCGCAUCUCAUCCAAUUGGGUAGAGUACUGAGGAACAGAAAUGAAAAUAGCACCAACAAUAACUACAUUCAAUUUACCAACGAUAACAACUUUUCAUCUCUUCCGUUAUCUCCCUUUAACGCAAAUCUUCAUGCUUGCACUGAAGAGAUUGUAGACGUGGACGACUCACUAGUUACUUUUGAUAGUGCAACUACUCCCACGACUGAACAAAUUCUACUACUCAUGCUUACAGGUAAUGACGUUAAAUGUCCUUCAGAAACAAAAGCCCACGACUUUUUAAGGACAUGA